CGGCCCCCGCGUCCGCCUCCGGUCGUCAACCCCCCCGCCCCCGCAGAGGACCGACUGCCCAGACCGCGUGUCCCGGGGCUCCCUGGGCGGGGCCGAUCCCAGGGAGCCCCCUGACUGCCUCCCAGAGCUGGGUGGGGAAAGGGAGCUUAGCCCGCCGCCGCCUCCGAGCUGGCCGCCAGGUGAGCGCCGGGACAGGUCUCUGGCGGCCGGAGAUGGGCGCCCGGCCCUCGCGGCGGCGGCUGCCCGCGGACCCGCCCCUAGCCUUGGACGCGCUGCCCCCGGAGCUGCUGGUGCAGGUGCUGAGCCACGUGCCGCCGCGCGCCCUGGUGACGCGCUGCCGCGCAGUGUGCCGCGCCUGGCGUGACGUGGUGGACGGGCCCACCGUGUGGCUGCUGCAGCUGGCCCGCGACCGCAGCGCCGAGGGCCGUGCACUUUACGCGGUGGCCCAGCGCUGCCCGCCCAACGGCGAGGACGAGGAGUUCCCGCUCUGCGCCCUGGCGCGCUACUGCCUGCGCGCGCCCCUCGGCCGCAACCUCAUCUUCAACUCCUGCGGAGAGCAGGGUUUCAGAGGCUGGGAGGUGGAGCACGGCGGGAACGGCUGGGCCGUGGAGAAGAACCUAACGCUGGUGCCGGGGGCUCCUUCCCAGACCUGCUUCGUGACUUCUUUCCAAUGGUGCUUCAAGAGGCAGCUUGUAGACUUGGUGAUGGAGGGGGUGUGGCAGGAGCUGCUGGACAGCGCCCAGAUCGAGAUCUGUGUGGCCGACUGGUGGGGUGCCCGAGAAAACUGUGGCUGCAUCUACCGUCUCCGGGUCCGCCUCCUGGAUGUGUACGAAAACGAAGUGGUCAAGUUCUCGGCCUCACCCAACCCGGUUCUUCAGUGGACGGAGAGAGGCUGCCGACAGGUGUCGCAUGUCUUCACCAACUUUGGCAAGGGCAUCCGCUACGUGUCUUUUGAGCAGUACGGGAGGGACACACGUUCCUGGGUAGGGCACUAUGGCGCCCUGGUGACCCACUCCAGUGUCAGGGUCAGGAUCCGCCUGUCCUAACCAACUGAUCCAGCCUUCCAGAAAGUACUGCCGUCUGCUGGGCAUCAUCAGUGAAGGGCAGUUUUGAGGUUGGGAGCCCGGCCGGGAGCCGGGUGCCCGUGGACAAGUGGGGGUCCCAUGUAGCCCCUUCCUGGCGGCCCUCCAGGGAACCCCUCUCACUGCUGUUUCGGCAUGGUGCCCACGUGCUGUGCAAGAAACCAUGGAUCCAACCAGGCUGCUCACCACUUCCCCAGCUUCCCAGGGUAGGAAAAGUUACUCCCAGAGCAACUCAGAGAUGUUUACUUUGCUUGCAAAUUGUUUUCUUACACGUGUGGAUGUCAGUUGGCGGACUGAGUCACAAGACAAAGGCCAAACUAGGAUUUGUAACCGUGGGGGAAAGUCACUGACCACCUGGGACGGUGACUCCUGACCACAUGUUUGUGGGGUAAGCUGGCAGGGAGCAGAGCUGUCCUUGAGGACAGACUGCCCCGCCUAAGGUCUGCUCCCUGAGGUCACCAACAGGGGUGUCAAAGGGGAACCGUUUCCUUAGUCUUCGGAGUCUCUGGGACUCAGCUGUGGGGCUUGUGUGACCUGCUCCAGCACCACCCAUCAGGCCUGCUUUUUGGGCCUGGCUGGUGCCGUUUCUAUCAGAAUUCCCAAGUCCCUGCUGAUCCGCAAACCACGUCCCCUAUCCCACCUCCUGUCCCUACCUCAGGGGAAGCUCCCCUCCUGCUGGCCAACAGAUUCCUUUUCUCCACACCCUUGCAUUCAGACUCCAAGAGCAAGGCGUGCCACAGGGGAAAGCACUCGGGCCUGCCUCCCUAGUGUCUCCUGCUCUCUCCCUGGCUGGGCACGGGCAACCAACUAGCUCAAUAAAUAUAUCCAAAGUCGCAGAACAAAGAGGGAGAGUCGGGAUUCAGACCCAGUUGUGUGUGGGUCUGAAAAUAAUCGAGAGGAGCAGCUCCCAGGCGGCCAGCAGAGCACCCCCUCUGAGCCUCCCAAUACCCCCAGCACAGAUGAGGAAGCCGGACAGUCGGGCUGUCCUUGCCCAGAUCCUGGGCCUGUGGGAAAGGGAAAAGGGCCUCAGAGCCACCUAGCGGACUCCAGAGCUCCCCCACAGAGUAGCCAUUGGCAGGUGUUCUGCACUUAGGGCCUCGGAUUUCAUCUUCACCAAACCCAACAAGGGGGAUAUUGUGAGGAGGGCUAUUUUCUGGAGCAAACAGGCCC